AUGGAUUCUCGGUGCUGUCCCAUCCUCCUGGUAGCACUGGCUGUCAGCCUCUGCUUCCCAACUACCAUCGCCGACAGAAAAUUUGGCUGCCUAUUCGAAGACGAGCUCUGCACACCAUAUGAGUUCUGCGUCAAUGAUGGAGUGUUCGGACAGUGCCAGGAGUUGGCUGGAGCAGACCUCCACACUUAUGACAUCUCAUCGUCGGCUCUGCAGCGCCUCAGGAUCCUCCUGCAGAAACUGGCUCACAGAGGUAUGACAUGGCAAGAUGACCUCACACAACAAGUGAUCUCCAGAGAGCUCUCCAAACUCAGACACAUGCCCCUCCACCACCCUGUCCUACCCCCAGCAUCCCUCACCUCUCCCCACGCCUGGAAACAGAGGCCAGAGCUGAACCAAAACCUCCAACAGUAUCUCUCCGACCUGGGCUUUCUGAACGAGUCUGAGCUACCAGCACAACCAGAACCAGUGCCUCAACGAGCAAACAAUAUCCAGGUAAGCUCAAAAAAGGCUCCAUCCAGUUCAAAACCCAAGCACACCUGGAAGGAGCAUACUAUCUACAGCAUUCAUAAGGGAGAUGGACAACCCCCAAUCACAAAAGUCUUCACAAAGAGUGGGGAAGGCAGGCAUCCCAAACUUGGCUCAGCUUUCCCUAAUCAAAGACCAGGACAGGGCAAACUAUUAUCCGGGCAUUUGGAACGACUUCUCAAUGACAUACCCACCAAGACUCAACAUGAAAGCUCAGGAGUCCAAGGUGCAUGGCCCAAAGGGAAACUGCAGUACUUUAGUUCUGACCAUCCAGCUCCUAAUGACAAAGAAGAGGCACAAUCCCAGUUAGCAUUUGGGUCCAAGGCAUCAAGACCAAACCUGGAUAAAACGCUGUACAAAGCGGGCUCGAUUCAUCAUUCAAAACAGCCAUUUGGUCUCAUGGAUGACCACUUCCUCCAGAGCAUGUUAAACCAGCUGGGAAGUCACAGCAUGAACCUUGAUUCUCUAAUGGGAACAGACCUGGACGACCUGGUUGGGGUCAUCAAUGGAGCUCUGCAGGAGGUGCAUGAGGAGCGCCCCGCUGUGGCUGUGGCCCAGUCUGGACCUGCAGCUGUGGAUUCUGAGGGGCCAAAAGAGGCCAAUGGGGGGCCACUCAAGGCGACAGUGCAAAAUCAAGAACCAGAGCCGCAGUCAGGGGGCGACACGAAAGGUGUUGAGACUGUCAAACAAAAAGGCCAGACAAAGGAAAACAUAAACAAAGAGCCUGUUGACAAGCAUUCAGUCUUCUUCUCUAAACUACUAAACUACCUCAACAUGGAGCCUUUUGAUGAGGUGCCAAAUGCAAACAGUAACCCCAAAACGGUCGGUCUAGAGAGUGUCCAAAGCAGAACCACUCAGGGCCAGGCUCCAGUUGUGCACCACUGGGAGGAGAAGACCAUGGUGGGCCCUGCCAAAGAGGGCACCACUCUGCACCUGACCAGUGGACCUCAUGGACCAGAUGCACAGGUGGACUCGGAGAUGGAGAGGUGGAUGCAAGAACUUCAGAGGAAGAAACAGCUGCAGGACCCCCAGAAGAAUGACAUGAAGGUCAAAACCCAGUUGGUCCACGUGGGGGUGAAGGAGUUCUCUAGCCGAGGGAAGGACCGCCAUUUUGGAUACAUCAUCACAGGCUCAGAUUCCCUGACCACUGACCAGGGCCUGGAUCUGAUGGAGCGGCUCGCACAGAGGAAGAACAUCCACGCAGCCGAUCUCACCCAGCUCUCUGUCUUGGGUCCAGCGUUGACCUUCCGAGUGGGCCAUAACCCUAAGAACGUCUCUACAGCCGAUCUAGUGGAAGUGGCUGUGCAACAGAAGCCGCAGCUGGAGAAGGAGACGGGCCUGAAGAUAGUGGAGGCCGGAGUGAGCGACAGGGGCACCCUGACCCAGAUCCCUGUGGUGAAGGAGACGCGUGUGGAGUCUGGCCAGUUCCUGCUCCUGUCGCUCCUCUGCAUGCUCUUCAUCCUGGUGGCCCUGGCAGUGUCCGGCACCUUCUUCUGCGUGCGCCAGCGCUCUCACCUCCACAUGAAGGAGAAGUUAGCCAGCCUCGGCACAGACACCAGCACUGAUGCUACAGCCACCUAUCAGGAGUUAUGUCGGCAGCGCAUGGCUAUCAGGACUUCAGAGCGCGUGGAGAGGCCAGAGACGCUUCGCCAUCAUUCCCGCCUCAAUAGUGUUUCGUCCCAGUUCAGCGAUGGUCCAGCGGCCAGCCCCUCCACGCGUAGCAGCACCUCCUCCUGGUGUGAAGAGCCAGUGCCUUCCAACAUGGACAUCUCUACCGGGCACAUGAUCCUGUCGUACAUGGAGGACCACUUGAAGAACAAGAACCGUCUGGAGCGGGAGUGGGAGGCCCUGUGCUCGUACCAGGCCGAACCCAGCACCUGCAGCGUGGGCCACGGAGAGGGCAACGGCAAGAAGAACCGGCCGGAUGCUGUGGUCGCAUAUGAUCACUCGAGGAUCACCUUGAAAGCGGAGAAUAACCACGGCAACUCGGAUUACAUCAACGCCAGUCCCAUCAUGGACCAUGACCCACGCAACCCCACUUACAUCGCCUCGCAGGGCCCGCUCCCCUCCACCGUAGCAGACUUCUGGCAGAUGGUGUGGGAGAGUGGCUGUGUGGUUAUCGUCAUGUUGACCCCUCUGUCGGAGAACGGAGUGAAGCAAUGUCACCACUACUGGCCAGAUGAGGGGUCAGAUGUCUAUCAUAUCUAUGAGGUGAACUUGGUGUCUGAACACAUCUGGUGUGAUGACUUUCUGGUGCGGAGCUUCUAUCUGAAAAACCUCCAGACCAACGAGACCCGCACUGUCACUCAAUUCCACUACUUGUCCUGGAGUGACCGCGGCAUCCCCACCUCGGCCCGCACCCUCCUGGACUUCCGCAGAAAGGUUAACAAGUGCUACCGGGGCCGAUCGUGUCCGAUAAUUGUCCACUGCAGCGAUGGCGCAGGCAGGACUGGGACCUACAUCCUGAUUGACAUGGUCCUGAAUAAGAUGGCCAAAGGUGCUAAAGAGAUUGAUAUUGCCGCUACCCUGGAGCACUUGAGAGACCAGAGAGCUGGCAUGGUCCAGACAAAGGAGCAGUUUGAGUUUGCCCUGACAGCCGUGGCAGAGGAGGUGAAUGCCAUCCUGAAAGCGCUCCCCCAGUGAAGACCCCCACCUCCCACUCCUCUUCGUCCCUCUUUCUCUCUUUCUCACUCUCUCUCUCUUUUCUCCACUCUUCCCUUUCUCUCCUGGCUCACUGAGCACAGCUUCCUCUGCCCACUCAAGGCUGACACCUCCUUCCUUCUCCAUCUCUAUCUAUAUACUCUAUAGCUGUAUACUUCUGAAUGUCGUGCCAGGUUUCUCACCACUGGAGCCAUAUUUGCUAAUGUGAGACUGCCGAAGUGUUGACAAUGAUUGGCGUUCCUACUUUGGGAUUUUUAAGACACAUUUUCACCAAGUUACACUAUACUUAAAUGGAUAUUACAAAGUCCUAUAUUGUGAAUUUUGUGUUUGACAUUUUUCUAUUUAGACAUUCGGUCUGGAAUAUUUAGCAAUUUCCAUAAAUAUUGAAAAAUGUAGAUAAUAAAUUAGGCUGUAACAAGUAUCAACAUAUGAAAAAAAUCCAAAUUGCUGAAGAGUGCUUGGUGAAAAUGUGUUAACAUGACCCAGUGCAGUGAUAAACAAACUCCCUCUAGUGAUACUGACCAGGUGUUCAUGUGAUGUCCAGUUAAAAGUUCUUCUGACAAAUAUUUACCAUUUAAAAUUAUGAUUGCCACUAAAAUGAAUAGUGAUGCGUUCUUCUCACAAGAUAAAAUGUAGUCCUUGUUGUGUAUAUUAUUAAUUAAUGGAUUAAUGUUUGAAUUGGUCUUAAAGUUACAAUGAAGUUUCCCUUUGUAUCGAAACAGACUCUGAUCAGCAUCCUGUUGACUUGGGUGUAUUGUACAUUGAUUACUACAUAUCACCUCUAUUUUAUUUGACAAUGCUUGAA